CACACUGCGGAAUUUGAAUCUGCCAUUUUGACAGAAGCUGACCGUAAAUAAGGACUUUUCCGUUUCCGUUAGAGAACUAAAAAAAAAAACAUGCCGGGAGUUACCGCAAAGGACAUCGAUCAGCACGUUAUGACCAAAGCGUUGGCUGCUUUUUUGAAGAAGUCUGGAAAAAUUGUGGUGCCGGAACAAGCCGACUACAUCAAAACCGGCAAGUUUAAGGAGACAGCGCCCACCGAGGCAGAGUGGUUCUACACGCGUUGCGCCUCCAUUAUGCGGCACUUGUAUCACCGCAGCCCUUCCGGAGUGGCUGCUUUCACCAAGAUCUACGGUGGGCGCAAGCGCAACGGUGUGCGUCCGUCUAACUUCUGUCGUUCUUCAGAUGGAUGCAUUCGCAAGGCUCUUCAGGCUUUGGAGGCGGCUCGCAUGGUGGAGAAGCACCCUGAUGGCGGCCGCAUUUUGACGCCCAUUGGACAACGUGACAUGGACCGCUUGGCUAACAAUAUUGUGGCCAAGAAGCGCGAGGCAACAAACCAGCAGAACCCCGUGGUACUUAUUUCUUAAACUACAUA